UGGGGAAGAGACAGAUUUGUAAACCUCAGAGUGAGGUUCAGCCUGCCGGAGGCCGCUGCGGUGCGGAGACCCCCGGGGAAGCCACUGUCACCAUGUCUGACCAGGAGGCAAAACCUUCAACUGAGGACUUAGGGGAUAAGAAGGAAGGAGAAUACAUUAAGCUCAAAGUUAUUGGACAGGAUAGCAGUGAGAUACAGUUCAAAGUGAAAAUGACAACGCAUCUCAAGAAACUCAAGGAGUCGUACUGUCAAAGACAGGGAGUUCCAAUGAAUUCACUCAGGUUUCUAUUUGAAGGUCAGAGAAUUGCUGAUAACCAUACUCCAAAAGAACUGGGAAUGGAGGAAGAAGAUGUGAUUGAAGUUUAUCAGGAACAAACGGGGGGUCAUUUAAGGGUUUAGAUAAUUAUUUUUUU